UUAAGCAUUUUGGUAUUAAUGAGCACUCGGGAGAGAGACAUGGAUAGGAAGAAUCAAACCAGUGCCACUGAGUUCAUCCUUCUGGGCAUCUCGGACAGGCCAGAGCUGCAGACACCUCUCUUUGUCCUCUUCCUAGUCAUGUAUAUUCUGACCGUAACAGGGAACAUUCUCACUGUAGUAGCAAUUCAAUCAGACGCUCACCUCGUCCAAACCCCCAUGUACUUCUUCCUCAGCUGCCUGUCUUUGGUGGAUGUGUGCUUUACUUCAAUUAUCAUUCCCACAAUGCUACUGAGCUUACUGAGUGGACACGGCCGAGGAGGCACCAUAUCUUACGCUGGUUGCCUUAGCCAGAUGUACUUCUUUUUGGCCUUGGGGAACACUGAUAGCUACCUCUUGGCAGCCAUGGCCAUUGACCGCUAUGUGGCCAUCUGCAACCCUCUCCAUUACACCACAGUCAUGAGCCAAAGGUUAUGUCUAAUAUUGUUAGCUGUGUCUUGCUCGAUCUCCCAUCUCCACUCCAUCCUCCAGACCACACUCACUUCCUUCCUUAUCUUCUGUGCAUCCAACACAAUCCCCCAUUUCUUCUGUGACAUCCAGCCCUUACUCAAGCUCUCUUGCUCUGACACCAGCACACAGGAACUGUUGGGAAUGACAGAGACAUUAGCUGUUAUCAUGACCCCGUUCAUGUGUAUUGUGGUUUCUUAUGCCCGCAUCCUAGUGACCGUGUUGAGGAUGCCUUCGGCUAAAGGAAAGCGCAAGGCUUUCUCCACCUGUGGGUCCCACCUAACAGUAGUCACCCUUUUCUAUGGGAGCAUUACCUGGGUUUAUUUCCGCCCCUUAUCCAGCUACACAGCCGUCAAAGAUAGGGUGGCUGCUGUAAUGUAUACGGUUAUCACCCCCCUGCUGAACCCUUUCAUCUACAGCCUGAGAAAUAAAGACAUGCAGAAUGCCCUCAAGAAGGUGGUUGGGCGAAAGGUCAAUUAA